AUGCCCAGCAUGUCCCGGCGUGUGUUUACUUCCGCGGUGCUGCUCCUCCUCUUCGUUAUGAUGUGCUGCGGCAGUGGAGCUGCCCCUACUGAGGCGAGCAAUUCAGGGAAAAAAAUCAUCUUUCAAGUAAAUGAAUCAUUUUCUGAUUCAUGGAACGAAUCUUUGGUACAAGCAUUUCAUUCGUUCCGUGCACCCUCUCUUGCUUACGUGAGUGGUUUUGUUGUGGCCACUGUUGAAGCGCAUUACACAAACUCCACGGAUCAAAAAUCGUGCGUAAGUAUCGCUGCAAAGUCGAUGAUAAGCAGUGGAGGGACGUGGACAAAUGGAACUGCCAUCGUGUUUGAUCAUUACGACGUGAAAAUUGACCGCCUGUUGAGCCCAACUACCAUUGCGAACGGUAAUAGUGAUGAUACAAAUGCUCUUGUCGGGGGUUAUGGCACGUCAACGACUCCAUUGACGGAGUUGACUGAUGGUAAAUAUUGGAUGCCCAGGAUGGCGGAAGUUAUGGUUCGGCGUUACAGAGACGGUGAGGAAGAGGAACGUUUUGAGUGGAAACAGUUUGCAGACACGUCGAAACUUCCUUAUGACUUUUGGGGGGAUAACAGCGCUAACCGCGACCGUUUCAAACAAUUCCUGGGUGGUGGUGGCGCAGGCAUUAGGAUGGAGGACAAAAGUCGCUAUUUGCUGCCUAUUCAAGCCUUGACCCAUGAUGGAAAGAACGUUUCUUUGGUCAUCCUUGCCAACGGUACCUAUUAUGGUUGGGAGUUCUCGGAGGAUACGAGUGAUGAGGGAUGCAUCCAGCCUGCGGUCCUUGAAUGGAAUGAUGAAAUUAUCAUGAUGACGUCGUGUGAUGACGGCAGCCGCAGGGUUUACUGGUCAAGCGCCAUGGGGAGAUGGUGGUAUGAGGAAUACGACACUCUUUCACGCGUGUGGGGCAACUCGCUGAAUCGUACAGGGCACGGCGUGCAGGGUGGCUUCGUCAGCGCGAUGAUCGAUGGACAGAAAUACAUCCUCGUCAGUCGGCCGGUAUAUGCUGAGAAGAACGGUAAAGAGACGGGCCGACUUCACUUGUGGCUGACGGACAUGCAACGAAUUUAUGAUGUUGGGCCGAUAUCCGCUGAGAAUGAGAACGUUGCCGCCAGCACUCUGCUGUACGCCACGGUCGAAGCGCAGUCAUUGAAAAAGGAAGGACCGAAGGAAGAGAAGAAACUGUACUGCUCGUACGAGGUUGCUGCAGAGGGAGAUAACUACAACAUUACUUUUGUGGACCUGACGGAGAAGCUGGAGGAGAUGAAGAAGGUGGUGGCUGCAUGGAAGGAGAAGGACGCGUACAUUGCGAGGGAACACGGCUGCGGGAAUGAAUGGAGGAAUAAUUGGCACCGUGACUGUGGUGAAGCCCUCACUAAAGGGCUGUUUGGCUUCUUAUCCAACAAGUCAACUGACAGCACGUGGGCAGACGAGUACCUCGGGGUGAAUGCCACAGUGAAGAAAGGGAUGCCAGCGGCGGAUGGUGGAUUGACGUUCGAAGGGUCCGGAGCAGGGGCGGAGUGGCCUGUUGGCAAAAUGGGGCAGAAUGUGCCGUACUACUUUGCGAACUACAAGUUCACUCUUGUGGCGACAGUGUCCAUUCACAAGGAGCCGAAGGGAAGCAGCUCUAUCCCUUUGAUGGGUGUGAGGAUGAACGAUGCAAAAGGCACCCUGCUCUUUGGUCUGUCGUACACCCACGAAAAGAAGUGGAAGGUAACAUUCGGUGAGAGUCUUCGGAAUUCCUCGGCGUAUGAUUACGGUGUUGGAUGGGAAACAAACAAAAAAUAUCAGGUGGCACUGGAAAUGCAUCAUUAUGAUGGCGUGAGUGUGUACGUGGAUGGAGAGGAGAUAUACUACACCAAAGAUUAUGAGGACGGGGAGGAUUACAACUUUACUCAAAAGUUACGAACGCUGUUGAGGUCCCACGGCAUCUCGCACUUUUACAUUGGCGGGGACAGUACGAGCAACUCGGACGAAAUUGAUGUGACGGUGAGCAACGUCCUGCUGUACAACCGCGCUUUGAACGAAGCAAAGCUCAAUGCGUUAAUGAAGAGGAACACAGUCGCUGCUGCAGCGGCGAAGGUGCCGGACCAGGAAGUUGCGGCUCAAACUACCAAUGUGAGUGAACCUUCUCGUCAUCCCGCCAAUGUGCCCGUCGCCACGCCUGAAGCACAGCAAGACGCCACAUCAGCACCACGAAGUCAACACUCACCAGCGCAAACAUCAGAAAGUGAAAGUGGACCAGCAGAAUCCAAGCAAACAUCUUCUGAUAUCAUUGACCCCUUCACCUCAGCUGGUGUGGGAAUGGCGGAAGAAGACUCUACGUGGAACGUCAACACCGACGAUCGGGCGCCGCACGGCACUUCACCUGAUGUUUUGGAGAGCGUGCACGACGAGCCGUCCACUGCCAACACGCUCGCCAGCGACGAACAAGACGCUGACCGUGACGAGGACACGCAUGCCCACACUGCCGUGGGCACGAACAGCGAACCCGAUUCAUUCAGCAGCACUAACGUGUCGGGUGGCGCUGAUGCCGCGCCGACUCCUUCGAGCACAGCGCCUGGGGAAAACAAGGUCCCAUCGGAGCUCAACGCAACAAUACCCUCGGACCACGACAUUUUGCUUGAGUUCCGCGAUUUGGCGGCCAUGGCUCUAAUUGGUGACAGCACCGUGCAUGCGUGUGUGUCUCGGGUGUUGUUGCUGCUGCUUCUGGGGCUGUGGGGCACUGCGGCUCUCUGCUGA